AUGACCUCCACCUCCGCCCCGGAGGUCUCAAAACCGAAAGUCAAGAACAUCGCCAACCCCCGCCGCCUCCUCAUUCUCGCACCAACCUCCCAAUCCCUUACAACAAUCCCACCUCUCCUGCACUCGCUCACUGGCGUGCCCAUCGUCGAUCCUCCCCAGAAAGAAACACCCGACGUACAGAUCCCGCAAUCUUCCACCCCUCUACCACCGGGAACUACAGCACCCACCACAACGUUCGCAGGAUACACAACACACAGCCCCCUCCGCCUCUCAACAAAAUACUACACCGCAGAAGUACCAUUGUGGGUUGACGAGAUCCCGCUCUCGACAGAGAACACAGAGACAACUUCAACCCAAUGGCGCACGGAAUUCCUCAGCGCAGAAGCUGAGAUCGUGCGUGAAGCUGUUGGUGCUUUGAUAGUCUGCGUAAAGGCUCCGGAGCCGAGCUCACAACCGGGCGACAAUACGAAUCCUGUCGAGCGCGAGGAUGUGCGCGCUGUGCGGGAGCUAAUGGGCGACGUCGGUGUUGUGAAGUCGUGCAUUGAUGAGGAGCGCGGUGGGAUGGGCGAUGUUCCUGGUGUGUUGAUCUUGGUUGGAGGGAAGAAGAGUGCGCCGGGUACGUCUACGUUUAAGGCUAAAGACGAGGAUGGACUGGACCUUGUUGGUGAUGAGGAACUUGGGGAAGAUGCGGCGCCGUUGUCGGCUGGGUGGUGGGAGGACCAGAUGUUUGAUAUGGGUUUGCUUGGAUGGGAGGUUAUUGAGUGGGAUCCGACGGAGCAGAGUGGUAAAGUGACGAGGAAUAAGUUUGGAGAGUACGAAGGCAUGCCCCGUAUCAAAGAAGUCCUAGAAACACACGACUGGGCAGCAUCGGGAGAUACACUCGACGCCGACGAUCUCGGAUCAGACGAUGACUUUGACGACUUCGUGAGUGGUGACAAAUCGACACACUCGCGCGGUUUCGGGGAGGAAGUCAAUGAGCUGGAACGUGAGAUGUUCGGGUUGCGCAUGGCUAUUGAGCGUGGUGGAGAUGGACACGAAGAUAGUGAGGAGGAUGAGAAUGGGGAGGAUAAGGUUGAGUCUAUUGAGGCGCUAAUGAUGCGUAUGCAGUCUAUACGAGAUAUGAGCGCUGACAUGCCGGAGGCUCAGAGGAAGAGGCUCGCUGCGAAAGCUGUGCAGGAUAUUAUGAAGGAUUUAUGA